CGGGGCGGCUGCACCGGUGCGAUGGCCGCUGUGGACUGUAUCAUUAAGCUGGGAGGCAGUGCACUGACGCAGAAAGACCAGCUGGAGACGCUGAAAGCCGGAGCCUUGCAGAAAGCGGCUGCGCUUGUAGCUAAACUCUACGGGGCUGGAGAGAGGCGGUGCAUUAUUGUGCACGGCGCAGGUUCCUUUGGACAUUUCCAAGCAAAGCAACAUGGUGUGGCCCAUGGGUCAUCAACAGGAUCAGCGGUGAGCUCCAGGUUGAGAGAAGGGCUAUGUUUGACCAGACUGUCUGUCACCAAGCUGAACCAUCUGGUGACAGAUCAGUUGGUAAGGAGUGGAGUUCCAGCAGUGGGCAUUUCGCCUUUUGGAACCUGGAAGACAGCAUUUAAAAAUGUCAAUCAGGCUGGUAUUGAUACAGUGAAAGAUGUUUUGGACUCUGGUUAUGUCCCGGUAUUACAUGGUGACUGUGCACUGGACUUGGAACAGCACUGCUGCAUUUUAUCUGGAGAUGCCAUCAUAGAGAUUCUUGCUCAAAAAUUCUCUCCUAGACAAGUUGUCUUUCUCACAGAUGUGAAUGGAGUAUACAGCUGUCCACCUGACAAACCAGGUGCUAGACUUGUAAAUUACAUUACUGUUGGCCCCGAUGGAAAUAUGGAGCCACCAGUGCUCACAUCUGUGCUUCCACAUGAUACCACUGGAGGUGUGUCCUUGAAGUUACAAUCUGCUGUAAAUAUAGUUUCCCAGAGUUAUGGGCGCAUUCCAGUUCUGAUUUGCAAGCUGGACAGCGAAGCAGCUGAAAGGGCAUGUUUGACUGGGGAACUGGAGGAAGGUGAAGGCACAAAGCUGUUCUUCAAGGACAUAUGAAGACAUCUUGGCAAGAGCCUUAAAUGAGGCAGAAGAAGAGUUUCAUCGAGGCCACAUCUUUUGGCAUGACCCAGUAUUGUCAGGUAGUUAGAAUGCUGUACUAGGAAGACACAAGUUCAAAUCUCUGUUCAGCCUUGAAGCUUACUGGGUGACCUUGGGGCACUCUUUCAACCUAAUCUGCCUCAUGCUUUGUUGAGAGAAACUUACAGGCCACAGUCUUGAGUCCCAUGGAAGAAGGGAAAGACUAAACAUUUUGUGUUUUCUACAAAACUACCAUAGUUCCUGACCCUUUAAACUAAAUCUAGACUCCAUUGUUACUCCAUUGUUAGUGCCUUGGGAUUGAAUUGACUGGCCAGUGAGUCACUAUAAAUUAUUAUGGAUCCUACUGUGGAAUCUUGCAUCAUUUAAUGUGUCAUAUUAACAUUUGUGUGUGUGUGCGCGCGCAUGUGUGUGCGUGCGUGCUUGUGCAUGUGUGUUCUGGAAUGUUGACACUGUUGUUUUCAACAGGGAACCAAUUCAAGGGCCUGGAGCAGUUGCUUUUAAAGAUAAUGGCACCACAUUUUCAUACAACAUAGCUCUUCCUCUAACCUAAAG